CCUCUCGCUCACCAGACAAAAAUGAGGCUCGUCGACUUCCGACUUCCUCCUUCCCAUGAAGAGCAAGUCGAAGCUACUGCUGCAAUGGAGAAGCUAAUUUCGUUGUGGCUGAAAUGUGUCAUUUUGUGCAGCACCGUCGAGGCCGUGUUUGAGGAUCAAGUGGGGAAAUUUGACUGGAGGCAACAGUAUGUAGGCAAAGUUCGUUUUUCCCACUACGACACACACGUGCAGUCGUCCAAAAAAGUCAUUCUGGCAACAGAGAACAACGUCUUUGCUGCACUCAACACCAGGACUGGAGAAAUAUUUUGGCGACAUGUGGAUAAGACGGGGCCAGAGGGAAACAUUGACGCUUACCUGCAGCAUGGACAAGAUGCGGUGCUGGUCGUAGGCAACGGCCGUCUGCUGCGCUCCUGGGACAUAGAUGUCGGUGGUUUGAAUUGGGAGGUUGUGCUUGACUCUGGCAGUUUCCAGUCAGCGUGUUUAGUUGGACAACAUGACACAGUGAAACAUGUGGCUGUCUUGAAGAAAACUGCCAUCUCUUUCCAUUACCUCUUCAAUGGCCAUCAAAAAUGGAUAGAGAAUCUUCCUGAAAGUGAAACCGUGGAUUACCAGGCUGUGUAUUCUGGUGGAAAUGGUGAAGUUUAUGCACUGGGAAUCGUUUCCCAUUCCCACAUUACUAUUGUUGCUUACAGUGUGGAAGAUGGAGAGAUUAUCAAACAGAUCUCAGUUGAAGCUCCAUGGCUGUCCAACAUACAGGCCAGCUGUGCAGUGGUUGGCCAGGGGAUGUUGACAUGUGUGGACUCUGCAACUGUGUCCUUGUACAUGCUUGACUUACAUGUACAAUCACAGAUGACCCAGAUCCCCCUGCAGACACUGGGACUUGAAGCUGCCCCUGGAUUCCAUCCAGCACUUGUGUCCACUCAGCCCAACCCAGCUCGUCCACCACUGUCAGAGUUCUUCCUCCAGCUCGGACCUGAACACCACCUGCUCCUUCAGCUCAACAAUGGUCAGAUAGUUACGCUGAGGGAUUUUAAGCCAGCAAUGCUGGUUUCAUUUACUACCACUGGAGAGAAGACUGUUGCUGCUGUCAUGUCACCCAAGAAUAAAACUGCUUGCAGUCUUAACCUCUUCAGUGCAGAAACAGGACGCAGACUUCUAGACACAACAGUGAUUUUUAAUUUGGAUCCUGAUGGUGGGAAACCAGAGAAGCUUUAUGUGCAGGCAUUUCUCAAGAAAGAUGACUCAGUUGGCUACAGGGUCAUGGUGCAGACAGAGGACCACACACUCACUUUCGUACAACAGCCAGGGCGUGUAAUAUGGAUAAGAGAAGAGGCACUGUCAGAUGUGGUGACAAUGGAAAUGGUGGAUCUGCCCCUCACAGGAACGCAGGCAGAGCUCGAGGGAGAGUUCGGUAAAAAGGCCGCCAUUCAAGAUGGAUUGUUGUCCAUGGUGCUGAAGAGGCUCUCCUCUCAGUUCAUCUUGCUGCAGGCCUGGGUAACCCACCUCUGGAAGCUGUUCUAUGACGCGCGGAAGCCUCGCAGUCAGGUUAAAAAUGAUGUGACCAUCGAGAACCUCUCAAGAGAUGAGUUCAACCUGCAGAAGAUGAUGGUUAUGGUUACUGCAUCUGGGAAACUCUUUGGGAUUGACAGCAAGACUGGCAGUAUUUUAUGGAGGCACUACCUGGACAACAUCCCCCCCAAUGCCGCCUUUAAACUAAUGGUGCAGCGGACCACUGCUCACUUUCCUCAUCCCCCACAGUGCACACUGCUCAUCAAAGACAAGGACACAGGGCUGGCAACAUUUCAUGUAUUUAACCCCAUCUUUGGAAAGAAGAGUCACAUCACUCCACCCACUCUGCCUCAGCCAAUACUUCAGUCUCUCAUUCUGCCGCUCAUGGACCAGGAUUAUGCAAAGGUUUUACUGCUGGUUGAUGACCAGUACAAGGUGUCUGCCUUUCCUUCGACAAAGAAUGUACUGCAGCAGCUCCAGGACAUGGCCUCAUCCAUAUUCUUUUACCUUGUUGACUCCAGUCAGGGAAGACUUUCUGGUUACAGGCUACGAACGGAUUUGUCCACUGAACUGAUCUGGGAGGUCUUCGUUCCAACCGAGGUGCAGAGGAUCGUCUCUAUCAAAGGGAAGAGGCCCAAUGAGCAUGUGCACUCCCAGGGCAGAGUAAUGGGAGACCGUAGCGUCCUGUAUAAGUACUUGAAUCCCAAUCUCCUGGCGGUGGUAACUGAGAGCACAGACUUGCAUCAGGAGCGCAGCUUUGUCGAGAUCAUGUUGAUCGAUGGCGUCACUGGUCGCAUCUUCCACCAGGCUGUUCAGAGAAAGGCCAAAGGACCAGUGCAUGUUGUACACUCUGAAAACUGGGUGGUGUACGAAUACUGGAGCACCAAGUCUCGCAGGAACGAGUUCUCUGUAAUUGAGCUGUAUGAAGGAAUGGAGCUGUACAACAGCACCGUGUUCAGCUCACUGGAUCGACCACAUGCUCCUCAAGUACUUCAGCAGUCUUACAUUUUCCCCUCCUCCAUUUCUACCAUGGAGGCCACUCUGACUGAAAAGGGCAUCACCAGCCGACAUCUGCUCAUUGGUUUGCCAUCUGGAGGGAUUUUGUCAUUACCCAAGAUGUUCCUUGACCCUCGUAGGCCAGAAAUAGUGUCUGAGCAAAUCCGAGAAGAGAAUCUGAUACCGUACGCACCAGAGUUGCUGAUCCGUACUGAGUGGUUCAUCAACUACAAUCAGACUGUGUCAAGAGUGCGAGGAAUUCACACUGCCCCCUCUGGGCUUGAGUCGACCUGCCUGGUGGUGGCAUAUGGUCUCGACAUCUAUCAGACACGUGUUUAUCCCUCGAAGCAGUUUGACGUGCUAAAAGACGACUACGACUACAUGUUGAUCAGCAGCGUGCUCUUCGCUCUUUUCUUCGCCACCAUGAUCAGCAAACGCCUGGCCGAAGUCAAACUGCUCAACCGGGCCUGGCGGUAAAGUGACCGUCAAAAGUCUCAUCUCUGACAAGCCCAGAGGCUGCACAGAGGACCUCAGCCCAAGGAGAUGAGGUAGCUCAGGCCGUGCCUGUAGAAGAACCAAGGUCCAAGUUCAAUAAGGCCCAUAAGCAACUGCAGGGGUGAGGGGACGGCAGGGUGGGGGUGACGAGAGGGGUUAGAAAAUGUUUUAUGUGUUUAUUUUUUAACUUAUUUUGCAACCACAAGGAAUAAUUUCAUAAUAGAAUAAUCGUUUUUGUGCCAUGUCGAUUUGAUGACAUUUUUUAACACCUAACUAAUUACAAAUGAAUGCAACAUUGUUGGAUCUAUUAAAUCAUGGAAAGUCCAACACUGAUUUUUUUGUGUUUAAAUUCUCCGGGACCAAGAUGGGACAAAACCUUUUUUAGAUGAAUUUAUUAACAAUGAAUAGGCUGGAAAAAAAACAGAACAGGUGGCUGUUUUUUUACAAUGCUGUUUUUCCCUAACUUGGACCUGGAGAAUAUAGACACUGCCUUUUUCUCGGAGGCAGAGGACUCAGCUGAACUUUAGUGCAGGAGAAGGGAACCCGUCUCCUGUUGUGAACAUAUGUAAACAUCAGACAGUUUAGCAAUGAUGAAUUUUUUCCCCAAAUUUGUUUUGUCAUGUUUCUGCUUUGUUAGACAGCUCUAAUGGAGAGUGAUAAUAAAUGUUGAGAUCAGGUAAAAGAAGGCGUGCAACACGUGAGCAUGAUUUGGUUCAAUGCCAUAGUUAUAUGGUUUAUACCUUUGGCCUGCUGAGAUAUCUUAAUGCCCUUUGUUUUGAUGGCAAAUGAACUGUGAAUAUUAUAUUAUUUCUCCUGAAGACACUCCCACCAAAGAUGGUGACAAAAAAUGUCACACUGUCUACACCAUCACGUGGCUGAUAAAGGAAAAUGAUCGACAGUAAAUUUUAUUUAAUGUUAUGUGUAUCAGUCAUCCACCAGCUCAUGUUUCUGAGCAGUGUUCAAUCUGCUGUUGUUGAUGCUCCAUUAAAAUUAGUUUCAGAUCUCCA